UUGGGAACAAGCCUGAGGAGGCUGGGGAGGGGCCGGGAACCACAUGGACUGAUUCAUUCAGAAGCAGGAGAUGCCCUGGGUUCUGUCCUGCCUUCUUAGCCCUGUCUCAAGAACACUGGCCCACAGCCUCUCCCCAAUGGAUCUUAACGCGCUAAAACAUUCCACCCCAGGAAGACCCAGCAUCUAAUGCAGUCACUGGCUUCAGGUAGAUCCAGGGAACAGGGAGGAGAUUGUGAAGCCAGUGAAUUUAGGCAAAGACAGUCCAGUUACUAGAGAAGAGGUAUAAACAGCCACUGGGAAAAGACUGUCUGGAGCACAGGGGAAGAGAGAAACCACAAGAAGAGCGAGCUAUUCGGGACAAGGAAGCAAGCCAAGGGCCCCCAGAGUGUGGAUGCCUGCAGGGAGAGUGGAGCCAAGGAGCUGGAGGUGCUGGGGGGAGUGCUGAGGGAAGGCCCAGGCUAUGAUCCUCAUGCCGGCCCUGCUGCUGAUCCUGACCCUGCUCUCAGGGCUAGCUAAUGGAGCCAGCCUCAAGCCUGAACCAAUGAGCCACCUAGGUGUGUGCCCCAACCAGCUCAACCCCAACCUCUGGGUGGAUGCCCAGAGCACCUGUGAGAGAGAAUGCCAUGUGGAUCAGGACUGCAGUGAUUUUGAAAAGUGCUGCACCAAUGUGUGUGGGCUGCGGAGCUGUGUGGCAGCUCGCUUUGCAGAGGGUGGCUCGGCAGCUCCGGCACCGGCUGCCUCCUGCGAAAGCUUUGUCUGCCCCCAGCAGGGCUCUGACUGUGAUAUCUGGGAUGGCCAGCCCGUGUGCAAGUGCCGGGACCGCUGUGAGAAGGAGCCCAAUUUCACCUGUGCGUCGGACGGCCUCACUUACUACAAUCGCUGCUACAUGGAUGCUGAGGCUUGCCUUCGGGGCCUCCGGCUCAGCGUGGUGCCCUGCAAGUACGUCUUCAGCUGGCCCCACACCAGCCCUGGGCCUCCUGAGACCACCGCACCCCCCACGCCUGGGGCAGCCCCUGACAUCCCCAUCCCGCCAGCCCUCUACAGUAACCCCUUCCACCAGUCAGUCUAUGCCGGGGGCACAGCCAGCUUCCACUGUGAUGUCAGUGGCCGCCCACCUCCUGACAUCACCUGGGAGAAGCAGAGCGAUCAGCGGGAGAACUUCAUCAUGAGGCCUGACCAGAUGUAUGGCAAUGUGGUGGUCACCAACAUUGGCCAGCUGGUGGUCUAUAACGCACGGCCUGAGGAUGCUGGGCUCUAUACCUGCACCGCCCGUAACGCAGCCGGCCUCCUCCGAGCCGACUUCCCCCUUUCUGUCAUCCAGCGGGAGCCCCCGGGAGGGGAGCUGCCUGUCCCCAGCCCACCACCCCCGGCUCCAAUGGAGUGUCUGAAGGAACCGGACCGUCAAGCCUGCCAGGGCACCAGCAGCCGAGUACGAUGGCACUUUGAUGCCAAAAGGGGUGGGUGUACCACCUUUCAAGACAAUGGCUGUGAUGUGGGCAAUGGCAACCGAUUUGAGACCUAUGAGGCUUGCCAACAAGCCUGUGGUCGGGGCCCUGGCGAUGCCUGCAUCCUGCCUGCUGUGCAAGGCCCUUGCCGAAGCUGGGAGGCUCGCUGGGCCUAUAGCCCGCUACUUAAACAGUGCCAUUCAUUUGUGUAUGGGGGCUGUGAAGGCAAUGCCAACAACUUUGAAAGCCAGGAGAGCUGCGAGGAUGCGUGCCCUUUCCCCCGGACACUACCCUGCAAGGCCUGCAGGCUCAAAAGCAAGAUGGCACUGAGUCUGUGCCGCAGUGACUUCGCCAUCGUGGGGCGACUGACAGAGGUGAUUGAGGAGCCUGAUGCUGGCAUUGCCCGAUUCGCCCUGGAGGGCGUGCUCAAGGAUGAUAAGAUGGGCCUCAAGUUCUUUGACACCAAGUAUCUGGAGGUGACACUGACUGGCAUAGACUGGGAUUGCCCCUGUCCCAACAUGACAGCUGGAGAUGGGCCGCUGGUCAUCAUGGGGGAGGUGCAUGACGGGGUGGCCGUGCUCCACCCCAGCAGCUAUGUCAGGGCUGCCAGUGAUAAGCGGGUAAAGAAAAUCUUAGAGUUGAUUGAGAAGAAGGCCUGUGAGCUGCUCAACCGUUUUCAGGACUGAGCCUGGGUAUAUGUGUGGGCACAGGUGUGAUACAUCCCUGAAGGGGUGAGUUCUGCCAGUCCCUGGCCCCUCCUAGAGCCCCACUCAGCCUGUGCUCUCCAGAGUAGGUGAAUAAAAGGGGUUUUUCCUUCAAGUCCGUGUUACCCAUCUGCCCUUUCCUGAGGAGAGGGACCCAAAAUGGAUCAGGGUCCCAGACACUCUGCUUAAUGGCCUGGCCUGACCCUCCACUGCUUCCUUUAGCUGCUGUCUUGUGUGCACCCCCCUUCCCACAGCUGUACAAACACUACCUCCUCUCUCAAACAUCACUAACUCCCAGACUCAGAUUCUCAGUUGUUUGGGGCUUUGCUGUUCUUGGUCAAUCCAACAGUCGCAUUGCCCUCUAGGUCGCCCAGCGGGGGAAGAAGCCACACUAGGCCAGAGAGACAGCCACAGUCCUCUCCCAUCACACGUCCAUCAGGGAGCUGGUCCUUCCAGUCCCCCAGCCAGCUUCGAGGUUCACCUAUGGUCACAGCCUGUGCAGCCCGGCUCUGAGUGAUGCUUGGAGCUGUGGUCAGAAUUCACCAGGGCCAGGUGGGAAGGGAAAGUGUCAGAGCUCGCUAGAAAGGAAACCUCCCUGGUCCCUGGCCUGACAAAGCAGAACCUUCAUCUGGGCAACCCCAGGCCUGACCUCUCACUGGGGAAAGGGCAAUGUCUACUCCUGGCAGUUAGCCAGGGGCAUGUUUUUCUCUCCCUCAUUGGGGCUCAGAGGUUAAGGAAGGGAAACCAUUCCAUCAGCUGUGGUUGCUGAGAGACAAGGCAAACAGGGCCCCUACAGAGGCCUCUCUGCCUGGGGUACUGGCCAGAAAGAUGGGAGGGGAAUGAACUGGGGGCCCAGAGGUGGCUGUUGCUUCAGAGAGAGUGGGGGUAGGGAGGAAAAGUCAGAGGGACAGAGCUCUUCCUGCAGAUUCUAGAGAGCUCCGGGCAUCUGAGAGGAAAGGUUUGCAGGGAAGGAAGGGAAGCAGGUCUCAUUCACUACUUCCAUACAUUUGAGGCCCCACAAAGGAAGGGCGGCCCCAUCCCCCCAAGGAGUCCCAAUGCCUUCCCUCAACCAGGUUUAUAUGGGGGCAUCUUCACCUCCCUGGCCUUUCUGCAGCAACAGCUGAUUAACUAACUCACCCAUCACUAGUGAUGGGAACCCAGGUUCUAAGCUCCAGCUUUCCUGGCCCCUAGAGCUUUGGGAGGUAGGCCCCUUUUAUUUAUCAGCUUCCUUCCCCCACCCCCAUCCCAAGUCCAGCAAGGCACAAGCAGUCACUUCUCACCAUGGCCACCAGGGGGAGCUAAGACUCCACAGAGGGAGCACUGCUGAGUCUUGCUUAGGUCCCUUGGUCCCCAUUCUUUGGAACAAGGGCACCG